GUUGUUGUUAUUGUGGUGUGGCGGCCAGCCCACCAAACUCACGGCAAAACCAAAGUACAGUAGCCCCCCCUACAAGUGAAACAACAGGCGAGAGUUCAUAUUCGCCGGUUGGCCAGUUUUCGUGCGUUUCCGGUUCGCGUUCCGUGCUCCGUGCUCCGCGCGUGCCAUAUUCAGUGCGGGUCCGGCAGUCGGCAAACAGUUGGCCAUGGCGGCCAGACAGCACCGCUGCAGGAGAAUGCUGCCAUGCCAGCUGCAGCCGCUGGUUCUAGCGCUGGCCCUGGCUGUGGCGCUGUCUCUGGCGGUGGCGCUGCCCGGCGCGGCAGCCGGAAAUGAUGUUAUUUCCUUGACGAAAGCCGACUCUGUGCACGGUCUGCUGCAGCUCGACCAGGACAACGCGGAUGCAGCAGAGUCCCGCCAGUCGAGACCAGGCAACCACUUUGACUAUGGCGCCUACGCGAAUGAUUUCAAUUUGCAAGAAGAGGCCUCCAUACCGGAGGACAUAUUUGACCAGCACGAUGGCGACAUUAAAGAUACCGACUCCCAGCUGCAUUAUGCCCCAGCCGCCUCUGAGGCAACCGCUGUCGAUGAUGAUGAUGAUGUGGAUGUGGAUGUGGAUGAUGAUGCCGCAGCAGAUGCCACAGAUGCCGCAGAUGCUGGACAUGCUGAAGAUGCGAUCGGGUCUGCGUGGAGCGAUGCGGACGACUCAGCCCCUUGGCAUGAGGAUGGGGAUGAGAAGGAGAAUGAUGCAUCCGAGGCAGCGGAUAUAAUACUUGAAUCCCAAAUGCCCACAACGAGAAACUUCACGGUGCAGCUGGACACAAAGGAAACAUUCAAAAGGAAGAAAUUCUCGAGUCAGAAGCCUAAUGCGAGCCAAGUCAUACACAAAUUGGGAAACAAAAAGGACCGCCAGCAGCCGAAGAGAUUGGUCAAUGAAGGAGCAGUAAAGGAGGAGCAGGAGGAGGAAGACGAUGAAGAGGCCAAAGCGACAGAGGCAAGCACGGACAAUGCAAAGCUCGAGAGGAAAAGAAUAAGGUAUACAAAAUUGAGGGAAAUGCACGAACAGCGAAGUCAACAGAAGGAACAGGAACCCAAGCAGCAGGAUCAAGGUACAGGCAGAACCAAGUGGCAAAUCGGCGAGAAGGGGGAGAAGAGAGAGCGAGAGGAACAGCUGGUUGAUUCCAUUGAAAUAUUAAAUGAACGAAAAUGUAAUAAACCAUCGGGAGAAAUAGCAAUGGAGCAGCAGCUGGAUCCAGAGCAGGACACAUUUCAGAUAGAGAAGAAAAACGAGAAAGAAGCAGAGAUGGAGAGAGUCAAGGAUGAGGAUGAGAAAACAUUCGGCGAUAUUGAAGACAAUUUUGAUGGAGAUAAAGUAAUUGACAUUGACGAAUCAUCAAAAAAUCAAGAAUCGCCACCAGAAGCCACAGCUGCCACAAAAAUAACAUCAACGGGUAGCGGGGAGGCCACAAUGCCACCGACUGUGGCCAUGAUUGGGCGCAAGGAGAAGCGUGGCUUUUUCCGCAUGUACAGGCCCGAUCUGAUGGCUAAAUAUUUUGAUAAGUUCGACGAGCCUGACAAUACACCGGUAAAUGUUGAGGACGAGGACCUUGAUGCGCCCGUUGGGAAGCUGCACUACUUCGAAAACGGCGGCAAGCCACAGGAGCAGCAGCAACCCGCACAAAAGGAGUUGCCAACACGGACAGAAAAUGGAACGCAGCAGCAGCAGCCCGAAUCACGUUACACUGACGAUCAGAAUGCGGAGGAGCAGCAGCCACCACAGGAGCCACGGGAGGACAGGCUCGUAAGUAUUGAGAUGAGGAGUAGCGAGACGGAAUCGGACACGGAAUCUGAAAUAGAAUCUGCAUUGCAGCAGUUUCAGGAAACGGUCACGGUGCCGGCCACAACCAUAGCGCCAAUCUCGGCGACACCUUCCUCUGCCUUUGAGUUGUUUAAGGCGUUGCGGCGCAGCCAUCAGAAGGCCGGACACAAGAGCCACAAGAAGCGCUAUAAGGAUUACCUGAAACGUCAUCAUCAGUCAUUAAAGCAGCCACUGGCAACACCACCACCACCGCCGCCGAGUCUCUCUCCCCGUCAUGCCCAGAAGUUGCUCGAGGAGCAAGAGAGGGAGCGGGAGCGAGCACAUUCUGCGCCCAUUUUCGCUUUGGGUAUACGUCCCCGGUCAUUGCUGUCCACUGAUAAACCCUUCUACGAGGGCCGCGUAUAUUACUACGACCAUCCCCAGGGGGGCAUGGCCAUGCAGCAGGACCUGGAGGAGCAGCAGCAGACCACAGAGAUGGAGCGACUAAUAGCACACGACAAUGAUAACUGGUACCGUCGCAUAAGUCCCAUCCUACGCAACGGCGUCAAAAGUGGCCGUGGCGAGCAGCAUCCUCACCAUCAGCAGAAGCACCAGCACCAUCAGAGCCAGAAAGGACAUCAUCAGCACCAGUACAAGCAGCACCACAACCACCAUCACAGCCAUCACCACCACCACAACAGCAACAACCAUCACAAUCCGGACCAGAAAGUGGGUCAAUUGCUGCAGAGGUCGAACAAUCCGUACCAGCGCAGGGCACACCAGACGCCAGCAGCCUCGUUGGCAGAUUCUCCGAGCAGUUCGGUGGCUACUCCACCGCUGCCACCGCUGCCACCGCUGCCUCCGCCCACCCAGCAGCUGGGACAUCAGAUCACCGAGCUGGAACACCUUGAGCGCUACUACGCCAAGUGGCCGCAUCUAGCACGGGUGCAGUUCCAGCUGUACGACGAGCAGCGCGAGCCUCAGCAGCAGCCUCUGCUGUAUGGCGACUACGGGGACGACUACGAGAGUGCAGCCGAGCUGGAAGAGGCGCAGGAGGAGCAGGGCGAGGAGGCCAAUCUGCCGCCGUACAUCAAGAAGUACAAUCGGCGCAACAAGCAGCUGCUUAACCUGCUCGAGGGCACCCUGCCACCACCAGUAGCACCGCCAAUCCCAUCGAACCCAAUCAGUGGCUCCGACAGUGCCACGACGGCGGUGCGACUGGACGAUGAGUAUCUGAAGCAGAAGCGGCGACACUACCGUCAGCAGCAUCGUUUCAAGGAUUUGUUUGCCGAGCAGCGCGUCGAAACCACCACGAUGGCAGCCUCUCCACCAGUCACAGGCGAAACAUCAGCCACACUGGCAAAGGCUGCGGGCAAUCAGCUGCCCGACGAGGAUGGGUAUGUGGACAGCGAUGAAGAGCAGCAGAAGCCGCCACAGCAGACCUUCUGGCAGAGGGAAAUGGCCAACAAGGCGGUCGCUCCAGUCGAUCCACCUUCCUCCACACCGCCGUCUCCUGUGACUACGCCCAAGCCCGCCCUCUUCAAGUUGCCCUCCUAUCCAGCCAUAGCGGGCAGCUUUCUGGGAGCCCCGCGAAGUCGCAGCCGAAGCGCACAGUUCGUGGCCAAUGUGGCGGGUCGUGGACAGAGCAGCAGUCGGCCACGUUACGACACCUCGAACGGAGCCAAGGGCGCUGGUGAAUCGGGAGAAUCGAGUGUUGCAGCGUCGCCGCUCAAUUCCUUUGUGUACCAUCGGGUCGUCGAUGGAAUCGGCGGCAAUUCGGUGCUCUCCAGCGGUGUCGGCGGCUCCAACAGCCGCAAGCAGUCUCGUCUGCCAUUCGUGGCCAUCACGGAUCGAAGGCUUGAGACAAUGGCCAGCAAGCGGCUGCUGGCGGAGCGACACAAAGACUUUGAGCAGAAUCAUUUUCCGAUGCCUUAAGCCGCGCGAGCUUCAAGUCAGAGGGAGGCGAGGAGGGAGAGCAAGAAUAAGUAAUGAUGGGCUGCAGAGUGGGCUGGAAACGAGAUUGGAUAACAGAUCGUUUCGGAAUCGCUUUUCUUCGACUGCAAUUUGAACGAUUUUAACUAUUUUGAACCACCCAAAGUCCAAAGUUUUGCAAUGUUUCGUGCCAACUGAAAUUGCUGUCAGUGAGAGAUGAUCCCAGUGACUGAUUUUUAGAUCGGAUUUGGGCCGAAUAUAUUUCAGAUUGAAGUUUGAAGUUUGAAGUUUGAAGUUGGAAGGAACCGGACAGACACACCGCUGAAUAGUUUUCGAGUACGAUGGCACAGGUUUUUUUUGUGGGUCCACACCUCGCAUCCAGCCUUGUUCGCAGCCAUGGGUCGUAACAUAUACAUAUAUAUAGAGCUAUAACAUUGUAGUCGCCGCUUUUGGAUGAUUAUUUUUGGGUUUUACGUAUUAUGUUGAACAAAAUACUCACAUAUUCUUGUACAUGUGUCUGUAAGAGGCGAACAGAGAGAAUCAAAAGGAUUUAGAGAUAAUUGUCGAAAGAGUUUUUUUGUGGAAACAUGAACCGUAAAUGUAAUGGAAGAGUAAAACGAAAUUUAAACUAUAAAAUGACAAAUUAGAAACAACAAAAAUAUGCAACUAAAUUUAAGCAAACAAUUUUUUUUUUGUAUAAAAAUAUCACAAAGUUCUGUAGACACACACAAACACACACACACACACACACACGCGUAGCAAGAGCUGCUAGAAAUCAAAAAGUGAUAUCCAAAAAAUAUAUAUGUAUACAUAUAAAUAUUUAUCUUAUUGAAUAAUUAUAUUUUUAUGAUUUUUAGAACAAAUUGUAGGGAACUUUGUGUUGGGCCUAGAAUAAUGAAAUUUCGAGCAAACGCCUUUCCGCACGCACAACCCUCACGCCCGAACCAUACGGAACGCUUCCUCCUUCCUCCUGCACGCAAACAAACAAAUCCAAAAUAGGUUUCAAAAUUGAACAAAAAACAAAGCCUUACAAAAUGCUGUCACAGGACACUUCUCUGCACAGAAUUUUAAGCAUACUCGUAUAUAAUUAUCCAGAGCAAAGAUAACUUUUAGAGCUAAAUGGCAAUAGCAGGGCGAACGAAGCAACAACACAGAAAACAUAUCCACGGGGCAAUUAUAGAUUAUACGUAGAGAUUUUGCCUCAUAGAGACAAAUUAUGGGGAAGUUUUUCAAACAUUUUAGCAGUUCUAUUCAGCGCGCAACACUCGGUGCUGAAGCUUUGGGCUUAGAUCAGGGACUGAGGAAAUUUGUACUCGGAGUUUCAAAUCUUUGAAGUACGAAAAUCACACCGACAGGAGAUCAAAAUUUAAGAAAUUUAAAUGUUUGUUUUGGGGAAUAAGUAACAAAAUUCAUAAGAAUGCAUCCUAAAGACUUAUCCUAGUUACGAGCUUACGCACACAGCAGAGACAAAACUAAAGUUCAAGAAACUUCAUAGGCAAAGACGAGUGAGGCUAAAGGAAUGCCACAAUUGCAAGAGAAGGUCCGAGGUCCGAGGUCAGUGGGCAGUGGGCAGUGGGCAGUGAUGGGGCUGUGUAGUUAAUUAACAUAUCAAAAGCGAUGCAGGAGCAGAGUAAAAACGGAAAGCGAAAAGCUUAAAGCAACUAUAAAUAAGAUCAACUUGCAGAACUUCACGGCAUAUAUUCAUUAUAAAUAUAAUUGUAUAUUAUUUCGAAUGUUCUUCACUUGGGAAUACGCGAGUAGUUUACUCGUUAUCGCCUCGUUACUCGUUACUCGCCCGAACAACAUCGUCUCGCCUAUGAAAGGAUACCAGAAUAGAUUGUUUUUUUUUUUUCAGGCGCAGAACGUUUUUAAAUGAUGCUUAACCCUGAUUAUAAGCUGAUUUUACGUAAAGUAUUUUGAGAACGGUUCAAGUAUCAGAGCAAAAGCAUAUAAUCAAAACAGGGUCCAGCACCACCUCCCCACCACCCCUUCACCAACAAUAUACACACACAAAUACAUACAUACAUACAUAUAUACAGACACAAUAUGUGGUAAAAUUGUAAUGGAAUGAAAUUUA